AUGGCUAAGCAAUCCUUCAAGCAGGCCUCCUCGUUCAAGCCGAAAAGUCAAAACAGUCGCCCCUUCACACAGCAAGACCCUAGUGGCCAGAGCCCCUCCUCGAGCGCGGCCCAUGGGACCUCCUCAAGCACCGUCCCGGUGGACCGCUCGUGGCAGAACCAGUCGCUCGACCGAAGCCAGACAGCGCCGGGAGGCAGCGGCAGCUACGGUGUCGGGAGGUGGUUGACGGAGCCGUCGUGGCAGGAGCCGUUCAACACCAUCGCCGAGGUGCCAGCGGCCGGAUCUGCAGCAGGGCCCGGGGGCGGGCGUCAGGGGUCGGGCGCGUCGGCAACGCACGCCACAUCCCGGACGCAGCACCGCUGGACCCUGGAGGCGGGUGGAAAGGCGUGCGAGCGAGCCUGA